AUGACAUCAAAAACCCUUUUCCAAAAUUUACCUUUUUUCAGAGCAGGAGAAGCUACACGUUUGUUGUCAACCUUACGGUUUGAUUCGAAGGAAGCCUUUAGAAAUAAUUUAAUUCGUGGGUUCGUUACAGAGAAUAAACCAGCAAUUUCCUCGAGCCCUUCAAAGUCUGCUGACAUAACCAAAAAGUCGGAACCUGGUGAUUUUGCUCUGGCUAAACCCGCUAAUACUGCAGAAUAUGUGCUGUCUACCGUAGACCAGAUUGUAAAUUGGUCUCGUCAGGGCUCGAUUUGGCCAAUGACUUUCGGUUUAGCGUGUUGUGCAGUUGAAAUGAUGCAUAUGGCAGCAGCAAGAUAUGAUCAGGAUCGCAUUGGAAUCGUAUUUCGAGCAUCUCCUCGCCAGUCUGAUAUUAUGAUUGUCGCAGGUACCUUAACUAAUAAAAUGGCGCCUGGGUUAAGAAAAGUUUACGAUCAGAUGCCUGAGCCCCGGUGGGUGAUAUCCAUGGGAUCAUGUGCAAAUGGUGGCGGAUAUUAUCAUUAUUCCUAUAGCGUUGUUAGAGGAUGUGACCGAAUCGUUCCUGUAGAUAUUUAUGUUCCAGGAUGUCCCCCAACAGCAGAGGCGCUAAUGUAUGGUGUAUUACAGCUACAAAAGAAAAUGAGGCGUUCUAGGAGUGAGGAUGACUCACAAUCUAGUGAUGAAUUAUGGAUUAUGCAAGAAGAUGGAAAUUUUUUCGAUGAAUUAACACAAUUUCAUACGGAUGAUUAUAUAAAUUUUCUGGGUAAGGUGACUCCGUCAAAUAUGGAAUCAUGUAUAAAAGACUGUACCAGAUUUAAUGUUGGUGAUGAUUGUCCGGCUUUUGAUGGGUUACUUGAAUAUUGUAGGCGAGCAACGGGAGGUUCUCUCGAAGGUGCUGCAAGAUUAAACCACGGAUUAUGCGAUAUAGCCGUAAAUUGGGCUGGCGGCUUACAUCAUGCCAAAAAACAAGAAGCAAGCGGGUUUUGCUAUGUAAAUGACAUAGUGGUCGCAAUAUUGGAACUAUUAAGAUACCAUAAACGUGUACUUUACAUCGAUAUCGACAUCCAUCAUGGAGACGGAGUGGAAGAAGCAUUUUAUUCAACAGACCGAGUGAUGACAUUGAGUUUUCACAAUUUUGGUGAAUAUUUUCCAGGAACAGGAGAUAUACAUGAUAUAGGUAUUGGAAAAGGAAGAUAUUAUUCGGUAAACUUCCCAUUAAGAGAGGGCGUUGAUGAUACGACUUAUAAAAGUGUGUUUGAACCGGUUGUUUCACAUGUGAUCGAUUGGUAUAAACCUUCAGUAAUUGUCUUACAAUGUGGCGCAGAUUCAUUAAGUGGUGAUCGGCUUGGUUGUUUUAACUUAUCAUCUAAAGGUAAAGAAGCGCUUUACCCGUAUUUAUUAUUAAGAAUUCAAGAUGUUUGUCGUAUUGAUACUAGAAUUAAUUAUCAAAAUUUAGGUCACGCGGAUUGCGUUCGAUUCGUUAAGAAAUUCAAUAUACCGAUGUUGGUGUUGGGUGGCGGUGGAUAUACCAUCCGUAAUGUUUCAAGAGCUUGGGCAUAUGAGACUGGAGUUAUUGUUGGGCAAGAAAUAGGACCAGGACUACCAUCGAAUAAUAGCGGUAAUGAUUAUUUUGGUCCAGAAUAUUCGUUGGUGGUUCAUCCUAGCAAUAUGGAAAAUAAAAACACAAGAGAAUAUUUAGAAAAAAUCAUGAUCACGAUAUUUGAAAAUUUGGAUCGAUCACGUCAUGUACCGAGCGUUCAAAUACAGGGUUCAACUUAUUCUCCUUAUGAUGUUAAUGAUAUACCGGGAAAGAACCAUAUAUUUGAUGAUAUUCAUGAAGAUGAAAAUGAUCCUGAUGAGCGAAUAUCACAACAACAAUAUGAUAAGCGCAUCGUACCGGACAAUGAGUAUGAAGACUCAUCUGACGAAGAAAGCAUAUAUAAUUCCAUCAUUCCUGUUGAAUAUGGUCCUUCAAAAUAUGUAAGGUCCUAUCGACACAAGAUAAUUCAAAAUCGCUCACACAAGAACCUAUUAGAUAAUUUAGAACCUACAGUAAAAUAUCCAGAUAUAAUAUACCCUCAAAAUAAUAACAAUGGACAAUUUUCUAUGGAAGUAUUAGAUGAGGUGAUCAUGGUAGAAGCUAAUAGUCCCAAAACAGACGGGAUCGUAGCAACAUAUCCCGUCCGUGAUAAAGUUUAUACUAUGAAACCAAGGAGAAAUGGGAGCAUAAGAAGUUAUUACGGUCAAGUAGGUUCAAGUAAAUGGACUGUAACAUAA